CGUCGUUGUUUUUCUUCCAACGAAUCAGAAUAGGUAAUAAAUGGCUGUGGGCUGGUAAAAGUAACAGUCAUAUAAAACUAGGGUCACUGGCCAAAUAACAAUGAAAGACGUUCAUUGUUAAUCACUACGCAAAAUAGAAUGCAUUCGUUUGUAAUCGGGAGUACUUCGCCUACGCUGGAAGCGACCGCAUGGUUCUGCAGAGUGCGUGUACAGAAAAGGGACUAAAAGCAGAAAUCAGAAGAAAACAUGGGAUUUGUAGAGGAUACGCUUAUAAUACUUGUAACUCAGAUAUUAUUCUUUGUUGGAGGAUGGGUGUUUUUUGUGAAGCAGCUUUUCCGUGACUAUGAAGUUCACCAUACCCUGGUGCAGCUUAUAUUUUCUGUUACGUUCUCCUUGUCAUGCACAAUGUUUGAGCUGAUAAUUUUUGAAAUUCUUGGUAUUCUGGACUCAAGCUCAAGAUACUUCCACUGGAAUGUUGGAUUGUAUCUGAUGUUGUUCAUGGUGAUAGUACUUAUACCAUUUUAUAUUGGCUACUUCAUUCUGAGUAAUAUUCGCUUUGUGAGACGACAACUUAUUCGACCACUUACUGUGCUGAUCUGGUUGGUUUACAUCUAUUUCUUCUGGAAGAUUGGGGAUCCAUUUCCAAUACUGAGUCCCAAACAAGGCAUACUGUCCAUUGAGCAGGGGAUCAGCAGAAUAGGAGUUAUUGGAGUCACUGUGAUGGCUCUUCUAUCAGGAUUUGGUGCUGUUAAUUACCCUUACACAUCAAUGGCUUGCUUCAUCAGGCCAGUUGAUCCAAAGAAUGUCCAGGCUGUGGAGAAACGACUGAUGCAAACAAUGGAUAUGAUACUAGUCAAGAAGAAGAGAAUAGCUCUUGUUAAGAGGGGUACACUAGCAAGUAGUGCAAGAAUGGGAUCAGGAAACACCAGCAUCUGGAGUAUGUUUAGGACUGUAACUAAGACCAUCAGCAGUAAUAGUACAGAAAAUGUGUCUCAGCUGAAACAAGAAAUAGCUGGACUGGAGGAAUUGAGCAGGCAGCUUUUUCUGGAAGCACAUGACCUGCAUAACAUGCAGGAACGAGCUGAGUGGUCCAAUACAUGGAAGGGGAAGUAUUUCAACUUCCUAGGGUACUUCUUCUCACUUUACUGUAUGUGGAAGAUAUUUAUAUCAACUAUCAACAUAGUUUUUGACAGAGUUGGAAAGAAAGAUCCAGUAACCAGAGGCAUUGAAAUUGCAGUACAUUGGGUCGGCAUUAAUAUUGAUGUGACUUUCUGGUCACAACAUAUUUCAUUCUUUCUUGUUGGCUGCAUUGUGGUCACUUCUAUUAGAGGUCUUCUUCUGACACUUACAAAGUUCUUUUAUGCUAUAUCCAGCAGCAAGUCCUCGAACAUAAUUGUUCUCAUUCUAGCUCAGAUAAUGGGCAUGUACUUUGUGUCAUCUGUGUUGCUGAUGCGGAUGAACAUGCCACCAGAGUACCGAAUCAUCAUUACACAAGUCCUGGGUGAACUACAGUUUAAUUUCUACCACCGAUGGUUUGAUGUCAUUUUUCUUGUUAGUGCUCUCUCAUCAAUUGGCUUCUUGUACCUUGCUCAUAAGCAAGCUGUGGGUGAUGGUGGCUAAAAGCUGCCAGCAUACGGCAGCAAUCGGAGCAUAAUGUGUCAGUCAAGAUAUUAAUAUCUCUAAGGAUGCUGUUUUAUGGAGGUAUUGUCAUGUUUUGACAUUUCUGUUUGUUCAGGAAUAAUGUAACAUCAGUCACAAACAAAUAAUGAUUCAUUUCUUAGAAGUCACUCUGAGAGAGAGACAAUUAAUAUAUAUCUGUUUUAAUCUUUCAGUCGGCAAAAUACUUCUAAACAAUGAAAUUUGCUUUAUUAAAUUUUAUAAUAUUAUUAUGGUUUUGUUCUUAAUACCAUCUACUGCAUCCAGAUGUUGCAACACAGGGAACUGAUUGAAUAUUGUGAAAUUCAUGCAGCAGACUGGUAAUUAAUAAAUGAUAUUUCUAAUUA